AUGCUCCGCAAAGCUCCUGCAUGCUGCACGAUCCACCUCUCCACGCAUGUUUUCCUCGCAAGCGUCGCCCACUCAGCCAAGUCCCUCAUCCUCAUGAUCAUGCGCUUCUUUCGCACGCUCACUGCCAUCUGGGCCUCGGCCUCGGCCUCGCUGAUGCUUCUCCUCUCGGUCCGCGCUGAUGAUCAGCUCAUCCUGCGCCAAUCCUCCGACGAGGAGGAGCGCGCAGCCAGCCAGCUCAAGUGCGCCAUCAACGAUUAUCGCUUCAAAUUCUUGCGUCCUGCUCCGACUGCUGCGCUGGAACAGGGCCAGGAGUUCGAAGUCAUCUAUUGCUCUGGGGCCUAUUUCAAAAUCUCCUCCAUCGAAGCGACGCUGUUCCUGGAGCAAUCGUACCGCACGAACCUGCAGCGCAUCUACACGCUGGCCGAGCACGUCAAGCCCGUCGCUGGCGAAUCCGAGGCAGGUUACAGCGCCUACCAUUUCAAAGCUCGGAUUCCAAAGGAGAUCGAUCUGGCUAGCAACUUUAACCUCCUCCUCAAUGAAACGACCACCACGUACGGAUAUGGCGGCAAUGCCGAUGGUACGCAGGUGUACGAUACGUUGCUGCCCAUCAGAGUCUUUGAGCAAGGCGGCGCAUCUCGCCCAAAGCCCGACACGCCAGAAAGUCCAGCAUAG